AUUGAUGUAAACUGUUCGUUCAGUCGUUGGAAAACAAAUUCAACUAGAUUAUUAUUUUUUGCUACUUCCGAGCCAGACAUCACAUUUUUGGAACCAGCUGCUGGCUAUUGGGAGCACUGCAUUGUUUCUAAACAAUAUCCUGAUUUUACACAAUCCAAAAACAUAUCAUUCGAUUUUCCUAUCAAGUCCCUCUGGUUAGCUAUUUUCCUCCUCUGAGUCGGAUAAUUCGCAGGUUUUCUGCUAUUUAAAUUAUUCCCACAGUGCGCCCAAAGUUGAAACAGACUCAGGCAAGGCACUUGCCAUCCAAAUUUAUUCCCGUUAUCGAUUCACCAUCUCUUGUUAUUUGACUAGUUUAUGUGAGUGAGUGUGGUAAGAAGGGACUGAAAAAUAGGACACUGUUCAUUUAAUUCAUUCCAUUUAUUUCACCCGUUUUGUCCGUUUGUUAAUAAAACACGCAAUUUCGCCGAGAGAUAGCCGAUUUGGGAUUAAUUCUGAUUACAUUCGACAUUGAAAAAUAAUGAGGAAAAGAUAAAUAGGCAAAGCUUUAAUGUCGCAGAUCCAUUGAAUUGGAAUUCCGGUCCGUUGAUAACUUAUCUCUCCUUUUGCCUGUAUCUUUUACCAUUACCACUGAGGGGAAAAAGGUAAAUUUCUCGCUUUCUGCAACAAAGUGGCUCACUGAAAUCCCUAUACUUUGUCGUAUCUCUUUUUGGUGUUGCAGUACUGCAACCAUUUAAUUUAUAUAAUACAUUCGAUAGAGUUGUGCUGCUGUUGUUGUUGUUGUUUUUUUUGUGGUGUAUCCAUUCAAAGUGGUGCUACUUUUAAAAUCUAAUUAGUGAUUCUCAUUUCUAUUAUUCUUUAAUCGCUGAAUAUCCUUACUGCUGGCGCACGUGAGAACAUCAACAGAUUGAUAGCAACAGUGGAAUGAACCCUACACCCUCAGACGUCACUGCAAUGAAUCCAAGUGCAACUGCGGAUAAUGGACUAUCUUCUGCUACUGAGGGAGGCGCGGGAUUUCUCUCUUUCGACAGUGCUGGUGCGUCGUCUGGCAUAGAUCAAGACUGGCAGAUGGAGAACGGAGAGCCAGAGAAGACGUCAGAUGAAUUGAGGCAGGACUUGACUCAACUAGAGGACGAGAUAAACACGCUCAAACAAGUUCUACAUGUCAAGGAGAAGAAGGCGAAUGACAUUCGUGGCAAACUGGGCAUCACUCCCAUCCAGCUGAUCAGCGACAGUUUGUAUGGGGGUUUGAGUGGGCUGAAAAACAUCGCCUCCUCCGAGACAGUGCAGAAGACGUCCGAGAACGUCAAGUACUUCGGAAACUCCUACCUACUCGAAGGGAGCAAGAAUGCGGCCUCAUACACCAAGAGUGGAUUGUCCAACCUCAGCACAGGCAUGAUAAGUGGCAUGGGCUCUAUCAAGAAUUCCAAGAUAUUCUCAUCCAUGUAUGGCUUCAAACCCAAUGCGGCUGAGGAGGAAAAGUUUGUGGAAGUGAUCGCACCCCCUGAAUACUCUUCAACUGGCGAUACUCAAAGUGGGGGUAAUGAAAAUAACACCGGCACGGCUGACGCAGCAGGUGCAAGCUCAAACCAGACUGAAAAUAGUACAUCCAGUUGAGAAAACGAAGAAGAAACAAAGAAUGAUUGGAAAUAUCAAAAUCAAAUACUUAAAAUUGAGUGAAAUACUUAAACUUGAGUACCGAGACAGUGUCGGGAUAUUUCGUCGAUGCUUUUUAAAUUAUGUAAACUAAUUUUUUGGAAGCUGUGAAUGACCAUAUUGCCUCAAAAUUGAUGAUCUGUUUUUGUGCGUAAAGUAUUGGGCAAUGCUGUUAUAUACUAAAAGAAAAUAGACGACUCGAGCGAUGUUGCAGUAAAGUUUAGAUAAUGUGUAUCCAUGUGUACAAUAUUUCCUGUUGAGUUUCUAAGAGAUUUUGUUAUUUGAUCUGAACUACUUCAUGAUAUUUUUUAGUGUAAGCUGUGUAAGUGUUGUAUUUCAAUGUAGCGAGCGAAUGUCCAAUCUAGCAUGUUAGUUUGUAUUUAUUAGAAAUAAAAUUAUUUCAAGUUUU